AUGAAUUAUGGAGCUGAGGUGGUCUAUGGACCAAGAAGAGGCUGGACACCUGCCUUCAACACAGCUGCCCAGAGUAGUGCUGGAGAAGACUGUGGCUCUUCUGAUCCUCCUGUUGAGCCAGACCACUUAUUGGCAGAAGAAGCUCUGGAACACAAAGCCCGUCGACUGCAGAAGGAAGUCCGGGAUUUAACUGAAAGAUACCAGAAAGCCCUGGCUGAUUCUGAACAUGUACGGAGGCGCACACAGAAAUUUGUGGAAGACGCCAAGAUAUUUGGGAUCCAGAGUUUCUGCAAAGAUUUGGUAGAGAUCGCAGAUAUCUUGGAGAACGCCACCAAGCAUAGCUCUGGGGAAGCAGAGCCAGGGGAGCAAAAGCCGACCUUCAAGAAGGUCUUCGAAGGACUCUCCCUCCUCCAGGCUAAGCUGCAGAGUGUGUUUGCUAAGCAUGGUCUGGAGAAAAUGACCCCCCUUGGUGACAAGUAUGACCCAUAUGACCAUGAGAUCGUUUGUCACAUACCAGCUGAUGGGGUGCAGCCAGGCACAGUGACACUUGUUACCCAGGAUGGCUACAAACUUCAUGGUCGAACCAUAAGACCUGCCCAAGUGGGCGUGGCUGUUGAGACACAGGAAUGAUGGGGUCUGGGACCAGGGUAAAUUAACAUUCUUCUUGCACAGAACAUAGCCCCUUGGGUUUCUUUAUUUAUUACUCAGAUUUGUAUUAUAAUUGGGUUGUUUUGCCUGAUCUAUUUUGAGUUUAAUCUAUAUAGCAGAAAAAACACAUUCUUGAUUUGGAUUGAGAGUCUGAAGACAUGCAUUUUUAUUUCAUUUCUGACAUAUAAAGCUCUGUGACAAUGAUGAGUCAUAUUACUUCUGAGCUAUAAAAUGAGGGGUUUUCACUAAGCAAUUUCUAAGGUACUUUGCAGCUUUAAUUUUAUGAUCAUAUGGAUAGAAAUUCAAUAUUAUGACUUUACUUGCUUUAAUGUAACCUUUCCUUUGACUUCAUCAGAAGCCCUGUCAUUGACCUUCUUUAAAAUAUAUGUUGAAGAAAGUUAUUUAUUAAUAACGGUACACUGGUGUCUUUCAGGUGGAAAGACAGGAUAAUAUGGUAUGUGUUUCUAAUUGAAUUUAAUUCUGUGAUAUGUCCCACUCCCACCUUUUCUUACUUCCCUAUAUUCCUUAAUAGCAAUUCAAAAUUACCUUAAUGGAAAGUAUACUGGGCCAGGACUAUGUAGACAUGUUUGUUACAUAUUCUGCCUCUGUUAUGUUGGCCUUGCAUAAUUCUCCUCCCCGGUGAGCCUCACCCAUAAACUAUGGUGGUCAGACCUUUAGAUCUUUAAGAUCACUGUUGGCUCUGAUAGUAUAUAUUCUAACCUAUUGAUCAGUUGAUUAAUUUUUCCCCUCAUAAUUGCUUUGGCCUGUUCUUCCCCCUUUUAUUUCUGACAGUCUUCUCUAAGGUUCCUACCAGUGCUAAUAUUUCCAUUUGAUAAAAAAAUAAUACAUGGAUUUAGCUGAGUGAAUUUUACCUGACUUUUACUUAAUAAUUCAGUAGAUCUGUGAUCUCAUACAGGUGAAUAUUUCCUCCAUUACUACAGAUUUGCAACCCAUAGCUUUCUGUUUUUAGUCAUAAGACAUUUAAAAUUUUUUCCAAGUUUUCUUUUUUUAUAAGUUUUUAAUUGAUAUCUUCUGUUUUUAACAUCAUCAUAAUUUUCCCCAGUAUUGCUUUCCCUUCCUCUCCCAGGUUGUCAUCCCAUGUAACAAAUGAUAAUUUUAAAACAAAAAAAGAAAAAGAAAAAGAAGAGGGGAAAAAAUCAGCACAACUGAUCCAUAUAUUGAAAAAAUUUAAAAAUGUGCAAUGUAUAAUAUCUUUGAAGCUCCCACCCCCAUGGAGGGAUGAGUUGGGAAUGUCCUCUUGUGUCUCUUUCUUCAAGUCAUGCUUGAGCUUUAUAAUUUUGUUACAUUCACCUUUGAUUUUUUUGCAUGUGGUUGUUCUUAUAAUUUACAUUGUUGUAGUUAUCAAGUGUAUUGUUUUCUUGACUCUACUUCGUUCACCCUGUAUCAGGUCACAUAGAUCUUUUCAUGCUUCUUUGUAUUCAUCACAGAUACCAUUUCUAACAGCACAAUAAUAUUCUGUUACAUUCAUGUACCACAAUUUGUUCGGCCAUUCCCCAUUUGAUGGUCAUCUACCUUGUUUCCAAAUAUUUUGGUGUAUAUGAAGACUUUUCUCAAUGGAACUUGCCAAAAUGGAAAGUUUCACAGUUCUAUCAACAAUGUAUUUAUUAGUACGCCUACUAUUCCACAACCCCUCCAACAUUGACUAUUGCCAUUUUUUGUCAUUUUUGUCAGUGUACAGGACAUAAGGUGAAACCUCAGACCAACGCAUGUCUUUCAGAAGUUAAUAAUCAUAAUUAUCUUAGAAAAGGUUGCAGGUUUUUUUUUCAUUUCACUCAUUUCAUUGGGUUAAGAUGCAGAAGGCAAACUUUUAUGUGAGCUAGUCUACAUCACUACCAGAGAAAAUGUGGACUCAGUCCCUGAAAAUAUUGCAGCUGUGCUAAAAACCUCUUAGCAUGGUUGAGGAAUGCAAACCCAAAAGUUGGAAGGGACCUUAGAGGUCAGUUAUUCCAACCCCUACUUGAAGCAUGAAUAGCCUGUUCAGUAUCCCUAGCAAAGUGGUCAUCCAGUCUCUAUUGAAUACCUCCAGUUACUUGGAACUCAUCUCUUUACUUUUAGAACUGUCCUAAAACAGAGUGGGCUACCUCAGAGUAAUAAUUCAGGCAAAGGCUAGGUGGCCAUGGAGUUUUUCAGGCAGAGCCUGUACUAGCACUAUUGGGAAUACUGUAAGGGGUUAUGGGUUGGGCUAGAUGCCCCCUGGGGCUCCUUCUACUUUUAAGCUUCUAAGUGCUUUUUUUUUUGGAAAUAAGGUUCCUACUUGAACUUCUUUUACUAUAGGUUUUCACAAACUUGUCCUGUUUCUGACCAUUUCUCUUAUGUCACUAAAGAACAGAAUUAGAUAAUCAAUCACAAGUCCUCUAGAUUAGGCCAGGUCAUGUGACCUGGAUUCAUGGAAGACAUAUCAUGUGAGCCUAGUCGUAGGAUUAUGGGCUUCAUUUCUUCAGCUUGGAAUCACUUGUUGUGUAGCGAUGAUAUGUCUAAUCUGGACUUAUAUCUCUCCAAACUUAGCCUGCUUUUAACUAAAAAUAAUUUGUUGCAGUGUUGGGUCAUAGGAAACUUAUUUUUUUUUCUUUUUAUGUAGUUUGUUCUUCCUUAAGGAUAUUAGAUUGAUAAUACUAGUAACUCAGACUGAACAGUUCUGAUCUCAAACAUUUAAAUCCGUUCUUACAGCCAACAGUAGUUACACUGCUUCUUUUUUCUUUGCAUGAAUUUCUGAGCAUGUGACCCUCUGCCAACUACACCUUCUCUGCUGGAUGGGGCCAUUUCCACAAUCUGUUCAAAGAAUCAUAGAUAUUUUGGAUCUGAAGGGGCCCUAAAGCACAUCUGAUCCAGAUCUCUCCUUUUCUAGAAGAGUAAAUUAAGGCCAAGAAAAGUGAAAUGACUUACUUAAGGUUAAACAGCUAAUGAGUAGUGGAACAACGACUUGAACUCAGAUCUUCUGAUUUUUCCAUGGUACCAUUGGUGCCUUUAUUUUGUCUUUAGAUACAAGUUUCAGUAUCUUUUGUGGCAUUAAGACCUAAUUUUUAAGGAUAAUAUUGAAGGUAGAAGGUCUAGUGGUUAAGAAAAAAGUAGAAAAACAAACAGCAGUUCUGAGGAUUAGCUGAUUUGAGUUCCAGUCUGGCUUUACCAUUAAUUUUCUGUAUAACCAUUGGUAAGUCACUUCUAAUUUUGACCUCAGUCUUCUCAUCUGUGAAAUGAAGGAGUUGAACUAAUUAUUAAGUACCCUUCUAGCUUAAAAUGACUCUGAUUUUAGAUUUUUCCCUUCCUAAAUGAACUUAGAAUCAUGAAUGAGAAUCCAGUAUUUUUUCUCUUGUACUGUAUAACAGUUUUUUCUCUUUAUGAUUUAGCAACUUGCAGUGAAUGCCUCUAUGCCUUAGGGAACUAGUGGUCAUUUUACAGAAUUGCAGAUGUAGCUAGAGAGAAGUGAGAGUUGUGUAACUAACCUCCGCUUAAACCCAAGGAUUUGCUUUGUAAAAUGAAAUUUUCUUACUUUUUUAUGUUUUUGUUUUGCUAUGAUUUGACUUUUUCUCCCCAUUAUUUUAACUCUAUGUGUGUCUUUUUCUUUCAAGUGUGUUUCUUAUAAAUAACAUAUUGGUAGAUUCUGGUUAAAAUCCAGUUUCGUUUGUUUUUCUUUAAACUAAAGGCAGAGGUAAGAGAAUGGAGUUUUGGUUAAUCAGGGUUCAGUUUUAUAAAGCUUUCAAUGUCAAUAAAAUUGACCUGGUUCCUUCCUACAUUUAUGAACCCUCUAGUCCCUGCCUUGAACAGAAAUGUACAUUUUAAUCCUUUAGAGGCAAGAGCAUUUUAUAAGUGUUCUUAAUUAAUUAUUUCCACAACAUUGAUAAGGUUUUUGGCCUUAGUGUGAAAAUUGCUAUAUGAAAGUAGCAAACUCUUAGAGGCUGGGGAAAGGAUGCUUAGGGGAUUGAGUAGUUGGAUUCUCAAGACCCCUUCCUUUAUGAUGACAUUGUGCUUAGCCAGUGACCUGAGCAUGCCACAUAAUUGGAUGUGUUUAAAAUAAUUUCUGUAGUCAACAUUAAGUUGCAUGCUAAAGAAUGUUCUUCCCUAUUGAUAUUGAUGAUUAUCAUCAUGGGAUAAAUGAAGCAGAAUCUCAGAGUGAAAAUCAAGGCAUUAAAUGUGCUCAGAAUAUCCUGAAUAAAAUCUGCCUUUAAAUAAUUUUGAUGUUUAUUCAAUACCUAGAACUACUUUGAUUUCUAAAAUAUUUUAAAAAUAAAUUUUAUUUUUGUUGA